GAGUCAAUAAAGCUUAUUCAAACAAACAUUGUGACGUCAGGACACGCAAUGGCUGCUAGUGGCACAGCUGUAACGGUUCUCACUCCCAAUGGGAGAAGGCAAACAGUUAAAGUGGCUCCAAACACGCCGUUACUGCAGGUGCUGGAGGAAGUCUGCAAGAAGCACGGAUUUAACCCAGAAGAUCACGGUUUGAAGUUUCAGAGGACUAUUGUUGACCUGACGCGGCCAUGGAGGUUUGCAAACCUGCCCAACAACGCCAAACUGGAAAUGGUGACGAGUACGAGGAAACAAGUUAUAGCUGACAGCCAGGUGCGGAUUGCACUACAGAUGGAGGACGGCUCUCGGCUCCAGGGUUCGUUCUCCUGUGGACAGACUCUGUGGGAAGUGCUCACACAUUUUCCAGAAAUCAGUGUGUUGGAGCUAUCUGACUCAAGAUCCACUCCUGUGUGUGUUUACAUGAGAGAUGAGGUGAGUGGCGAAGAAGAACUAAGGAAGGCCUCUUUGAAGUCUCUAGGUCUUACAGGAGGAAGUGCCAUUGUCAGGUUUUUACUCAAAAAGGAAAAAAACUCGGGAGAAAAAGCUGAAAUGGAUACACCCGCUAUGCCAACUACGCCCAUUGCCAUGGAAACCACACCCAGUCCAUCCCCGCAGCCCGAUCCCGCUCCAUCGGUUCCAGAGACGUCAGCAACAGAUGUGCCAUGCCCAGAUAAGACGGCGGAAACCCAAACUGUGCCAUCUUCUGCCACAUCUACAAUCACACUACCCGUUCAACAAGAAGACGCUUCAAACCCCCAGGAUGCCGUUCAACCUAAAGCCCCUCCCACAGGAAGUCAAAUGCCAGAGGACGAUGGUGAAAAAGCAGGGCCGUCAGGACUAAACUGCCACCCAUCAUCUCCUACUUCUUCAGCUCCUUUCAUUCCUUUCUCCGGAGGUGGUCAGCGCCUCGGCGGUCCAGCUGGAGGAGUUGCACGUUCCCUCUCGUCAUCAUCAUCCUCAUCUCUGUCAGCGCUGCCCGCUGCUGUCGAGUCACCCAAAGCCAAGAAAGCCAAAUCCAGCCACGGUUCAAGCACAAAGUGUAAAACCACUACCAAGGUGCAGCAUGAUAGUAUGGGUGAUGCGGAGGAGUUCUUAGAGCCAGUGGAGAGGGAGCCUCUCAUCUACCACCUGGACUCGACAUCCCAUCAGUCUGAGGACUAUAGGGAUCUGCCGGACGAGUUCUUUGAAGUGACCGUGGAUGAUGUGCGGAAGCGCUUUGCCCAGCUGAAGAGCGAGAGGAAGUUAUUGGAGGAGGCUCCGCUUAUGACUAAAUCUCUGAGAGAAUCACAGAUAAAGGAGAAGAUGGAUAAAUAUCCCAAAGUGGUCCUGAGGGUCCAGUUUCCAGACCGAUAUGUUCUACAGGGCUUCUUCAGGCCUCUAGAGACAGUUGAUGCUCUGAGGCACUUUGUAAGGAGUCACUUGGAGGACCCUCAGCUCAGUUUCUACCUAUUCAUUACCCCUCCAAAAACUAUUCUGGAUGACCCUUCAGCUACGCUUUUCCAGGCCGACCUGUUUCCUGGUGCGCUCGUGUACUUCGGCUCUGAUGUCAAGACAGAUUUUUACAUGAAGAGAGAACUGCUCGAAUCCCCCGUCUCAGCCGUACAAGCGAAUGAGUCCAUUGCAAGCUGCAUGCUCCAGUCCUCAACUCCCUCCUCGAGCUCUGGUGGCUUCAGGGAGCCGCUGCCUCCCCCAGAGCCUACAGUGGAAGCCAGCGGAUCCACACAAAACGAGGAAGACCCAUUAACACAAACCCAGGCAGCCAAACCUGCCAGAUCUGACCCGGGCAAGGUGCCUAAGUGGCUCAAACUUCCAGGUAAGAAGUAAAACUUCUGCUGUGCUAAGGGAAGGACCGACCGUGACAGACUGACGCAAGUUAAAUGUUUGCUAUGCUUCACUAGAGGCUCGGCUUUGUGACCUGCAGUGGAUGUAAUCCAUCAGAGCUGAAGCCGGGGUUUUAAAAUGGUUAAAAUAAUGAUUGAAAUGAUUGAAUGUGUUAAUUGUCAAGAAGAUCGGUGUGUUUGAUUCCUGCUGAUCUGGAAGAGUGCUGAGAGAAAAGUGUAGUGCAAAGUGAAUAAAGAUUGAUGAACAAA